AUGGCACGUAUAUCUACAGGAGGAAGUAGGCCAUUGGACUCCUUAACAAUAUUAAGAAGACAGCGAGAGCGAGAGGAAAUCAUCAGGAGAGGUAGGAGUGAACAGCGCUCCACCAAUGUUUCGAGACAGUCUUCAGCAAGUAUAAGGCAAAGAGAAACAGGAAUAUACAGAAAUCAACCUGGUGAUCCUCCAGUGAAUCCUGCUCAUCAUACAACGGUAAAACGAAGAUAUAGGCCGGGUACAAAAGCAUUAAGGGAGAUUAGACAAUACCAGCGAUCAACCGAUCUUUUAUUGCGGAAACUCCCGUUUGCACGUUUAGUAAAAGAAGUUACUGAAAAUUAUAUUGGUGUUGAUUACGGUAUGAGGUGGCAGUCGAACGCUGUUUUAGCCCUUCAAGAAGCAUCGGAAGCAUACUUGAUUCAUUUGCUAGAAGACACUAACUUAUGUGCUAUUCACGCUAAGAGGGUCACGAUAAUGCAAAAGGAUAUACAAUUGGCAAGAAGGAUCAGAGGUCAGUUAUAA